AUGGCUCGGGUCAUCGACUUGGUUCCUUGGAAUGAUAAAUGCGUAGAAACUUUUGUAUCUCCGGCCAUCAUGUUCCCUGUGAUACCGCAGAAGAACAUGCUCCCAGGGGUGAAGCAGCAACUCUACCAUCCCUACCUGCCCACCCUGAGGCGGAUGGACAUGGACUCGGUCAUCGGCAAACUCCCUGAGCAGCACUGCCGGUCGUCCACCUACUGCAACAAAGAUGACUUUACUCGAGCACACUUCAACUUGCUGGGCAUCCCCAACAGAAGACUGAAUAGCCUGGAAAUCACUGGAACAGGACGGAUGCUUAAAAAGAAGUACCAGGGUGGGAAGAUGGCACCACUAGCACCUGGCAUUAACAAAAUUGACUGGCCCUGCCACACCCAUGCCAUUGAAGACUGGUCCCGCUUUGUCUCUGCAGCAGGAGAGUUCAAGCUUCCCCUUGUGGAUAAGACUGUUGAAGGUUUCAGUGGCUAUGCUGUGAGGUACCUGAAGCCGGAUGUCACCCAGUGCUGGCGGUACUGCCUUAACCAGAAUCCCAGCCUUGACCAGUAUGGACAGAAACCCCUGCCUUAUGACACCCUGAACACUUUCCGAAGCUUUAGCACUGCCUACAGACAUGUAAACUACAUGGAGCCUUGGCAUAACUAA